AUGACGCGGUCCAUCGUCGGAAGAUUAUCCGGAUUUUUCCUUCGCAGCGAAUCCAUUUACGAUGUGUUCCUGGUAAAUCACGCCAUUUCGAAACUAUUCGGAUUGACCAUUUACAGUGUCGUUCGAGAAACGGAUAAAUACCGCAUCAAAGUGACUCUCUCGGAUGUGUUGGGCCUGCUGUGGUUGCUGUUUAUGCAAGGAUUCAUGUUCUACGUUGCGCUCGUCAUCCUGAAUCGAUUUCAAUCCACAGGAUCGGAAAUCAUGGACAAUGGAAUGAAGUACAGUUUUUUGUUUUUCAGCAACUAUGUACUGCUGUCUUCGAUUGAGAACUAUUGGCGUUAUGGACAUAUUUUGAUGAUUUGGAGAAAAUUCGAUGAAUUUGAUGCUCGGGCACGAAAAAUGAAUGCAUCAAUCGAUCACAGUAGCGAGAAGCAACACUUUUUCCGAGCCUUCGCUUUCCUAUUCCUGGCUCUGAUAACCGUACAGGUGUCCGGAUAUAUCACUUUGUCAUAUGUGUAUCCGCUUCGAAUUAGACUAUUUGUGACAACAUCGUUCCUGUUUUUCAGUGUACCGUACACCAUAAUCCAUCAGAACGUUUAUAUCAUUUGUCAGUCGGUAUGCAACCGGUUGAACCACGUCAAUCGGGCUUUCGGUGUGCACUUUGUCCCACAGAAGAAAGCAAAUCAGUUGCUUAUGAACGAACUUCCUGCACCACGUGGCCUUUGGGACAAAGCCAUAGUUCUAGAUCAACUGACAACGUUGUGGACCCAGAUUACCGAACUAACCCAGAUGGUGAGCCACGUAUUCGUGGCACAAAUCAUCGCCAUUACUGUGACAAGCACUAUGAUGAUCACGUUCAGUUUGUUCACCUUCUAUCGGGCUCAACUCGGAGAAGACUACCAUCUUGAACUAAUUUCGCUGACAUAUUUGAAAGCAAGUGCUUUUUACGUACUAAUAUUGGCAGUGUUGAUUGAAAAGUUUGACGCCAUUAAGCGAGAGGCUAAACAAACUGCCGUCUUAGUUCAUAAAGCACUACGGGAAGACGACAACAAACAUCUUCGAGAGGAAUUGAUCGCUUUUUCCUUGCUACUCAAUCACAGACCAGUUAGGAUUACGUGUGCCCUCUUCGACUGUGACUGGACUAUGGGAGUUUCGAUCAUUGGGACGAUAAGCUCCUAUUUGGUAAUUCUGAUCCAAUUUGAUGUCAUCAUUUUGCCUGUUCCAGUGGAUGCUAAGAUCGUUGUUUAG